CCAUCACGGUAAGGAGCCCAUCAGCGUGGACCACAUCUCAGAGCUGCAGCGGAGCUCCGGUCUGGACGCGGGCCAAGCCUGUCUGGUGUCAAACCAGCCUGAACAGAUACUCUCAGACGUCUCCUUUUUUCACCUCAUUCCUGAGACAGGACUCUGCCCACCCCUUAUGUAAAGCAAUUUAAACCUGAUAGCACAUCAUCUCCACUGAAAAUAGUUGCUGGACUAUCAGACAGUCGCGUUUUACUUUUUUCCCCAAAUACGCACUUUCCCACCGUGCACAGCCCGAGCCGGUCAUGGCUUUACCUGCAAUCGCCUUCAUCCAGCUGUCUGUGAUAAUAUCUUUUUAAUCCAAGCUUGAUUUGCAGAUUCAACAAGUUCCGACUUCUCUAAUGUUUUAUAGUUUUCAUUUUAUCCGUGGAAAUGCUCCGUCCAGAUCCAUAAAGGACCGAAGUUCAAUUUAAUAUGAACUUAUUGCCAAGUGGAAUAUGUUUUUAUUUAUCUUUAGCAAUCUGCUGGCUGACGGCCGAGGUCGAUGCGUCCUGGUGGUACAUGGGCACCCUGGGUUCCCAGGUGAUGUGUGACAACAUCCCUGGACUUGUGAACAAGCAGCGUCAGCUGUGCCGCCAGCACCCCAAAGUGAUGCAGGCCAUCGGGGCCGGGAUGAAGGAAUGGCUCUCAGAGUGCCAGCACCAAUUCCGAAACCACCGCUGGAACUGCAACACCACGGCCAGGGACCACAACCUGUUCGGACGCCUGCUGCAACGCAGCAGUCGCGAAGUAGCCUUCAUGUACGCCAUCUCUUCAGCCGGUGUGGUUUACACGCUGGCUCGAGCCUGCAGCCAAGGUGAGCUGGACUCCUGCUCCUGCGAUCCCACAAAGAAGGGCUCGUCGCAGGACGCCCAAGGCUCUUUUGACUGGGGUGGCUGCAGUGACCACGUGGAGCACGCCAUGCGCUUCAGCCAGAGCUUUGUGGACGCCAAGGAGAGGAAGGAGAGGGACGCCCGGGCGCUCAUGAACUUGCACAACAACCGAGCUGGCAGGAAGGCGGUGAAGCGCUUCAUGACUCUGGAGUGUAAAUGUCACGGCGUUAGCGGCUCGUGCAGUGUUCGGACCUGCUGGCUGGCAAUGGCCGACUUCAGACGCACCGGCGACCACCUUCGCAAGAGGUAUAACGGCGCAGUGCAAGUGGCCGUCAACCAGUACGGAACUGGGUUUACCGCCGCGCACACACACUUCAAACGACCCAGCAAGAAUGACCUGGUGUACUUCGAGGACUCGCCGGACUACUGCAUACGGGACCACGAGUCAGGGUCAGUGGGGACAGGAGGGCGGCUCUGUAACCGGACGUCCCGCGGAGUGGACGGCUGCGAGGUGAUGUGCUGCGGUCGAGGCUACGACACGUCGCGGGUCAGCCGGACCACCAAGUGCGAGUGCAAGUUCCACUGGUGCUGCGCCGUGCACUGCCGCGACUGCCACCAGCAGGUUGACGUGCACACCUGUAAAGGCCAGACGUGACGCCGCCGCCACAGAACAACACGGACCGCUCCCAUUCAACCAGCAGUCCUACUGUUGUUCUGGGCUACUGUCAUCAAGCUGGAAGUGACAAUCCAAAAGGACGUUUCGACUCCACGAGCCUUUACCAAGCCCUCAGUGGUUCUGCACCAAAAGAUCACCUGUCAAUUAAACAGUAGGUAGUAGUCUCUGUGAAUGUUUGAGUAUGUGUAGGUGGUCGUGUUUUUGCUGCUCAUGCUCAUCACCCAGCUGUUUACUCCAACCACAACAAGAAGGUAACUCUUCUGUCUGCUAGGGCUCCCAGACUCCAGAGGAUCAGAGAGGAAAAUCUGCAUGUUACAGAUUAAA